AUGUCUCCCCUUUCCGCUUUUCUUUCGGUGUCGCUGCCUGUGAUUCUAGCUGCUCUGAUCUAUCAGCUCGGUCUACCGGCUUUCAUCAGCGAAUACGUACCAUCCACGUUGCUUCCAAAUCUGUUCGUACCCACACACUGCUACAAGUCUGUCAGAACGCUAUCGUCGGAGUUCCCGCACGCCGAGUGCUUUACUAUCCACGACGGCAAAUUCUCCAGUGUCUUCGUAGACAAUGCAGCCAAUGAUGCGGUGAAGGAAUCACGCACAGGGUACGCGUAUCCUGGUUUUUGGGAUGGACACGGUCACUUGAUCCAAUUUGGAGAAUCUCUAGAUUCAGUGAGCCUCUUUGGCGCUGAGUCAAUGGACGAGAUCAAGAGCAGACUAUUGGAGUACAAGAUCGUCCGUCCAGAAAAAGGAACUAGUGAGCAGUGGCUACGAGGCGUCGGUUGGGACCAAGCUCAUUUUGAAGGGAGGUGGCCAACUGCAGCAGAUUUGGAGAUAGACGAGAGGUUCAAGGAUCUUUAUAUUAUGCUUGAUCGUGUUGAUGUUCAUUGCAUCUGGGUAUCUGAAAGGGUGCUUGAUCUUCUUCCGUCAUUCAGUAUACCUCCCGGAGGCGAAGUGCCGGCAAAGGGUGUCUUCUGCGACAAUGCCAUGGAUAUCGUCCUGCAAUAUUACCCCAAGCCUACCAAAGCGCGUAAAACCGAGUUCAUUAAGACUGCGAUGGCAGAGUUGAACAAACAUGGUAUUGUUGGGAUGCACGAUGCCGGCGUAGUGCCAGCAGAUUUGGAGCUAUACGAAGAACUCGCGAACGACCAGGACUGGACUGUAAGGGUCAAUGCGAUGAUCGAAUGCGAUGUUCGGAACACGUUUUGUCCCGAGGCGGUCAGGAAAGUUUCGACUCCGAAUGGCCGAUUUCAUGUGAAGAGCGUCAAGCUUUUCGGAGAUGGAGCUUUGGGCUCCUGGGGCUCAGCUUUGAUCGAGCCGUACAGCGACAAACCGGAGUCCUCUGGCUCUUUACUUGUCAACGCAACUACGCUGUCACGUGUGACAUAUGAUUGGGCCGUAAAGGCAGGGUACCAAGUUAAUAUUCAUGCUAUUGGAGAUCUUGCUAACAGGCUUGCGGUUGACGCGUUUGAAGCGGCGUUGAAACGCUUGUGCCCCCACGCUAACCUCCGCGACUGUCAAGCUAAACGUCGUUUCCGCAUUGAGCACGCCCAGAUUAUUCAUCCAGAUGACCAGCGUCGGAUGUCAGAACUUGGUAUCAUUGCGUCAAUACAGCCCACGCACGCGACCUCGGACAUGGGUUAUGCGGAGAGUAGGCUGGGCCAGCAACGAACAAAAGAUGAGGCGUACCGAAUGCGGUCACUCUUACCACUUCGCCCAGUCCUCGGAAGCGACUUCCCAGUCGAACCAGCGAGUAUCUUCGAGGGAAUGUAUGCGGCAAUCACGCGACGAAGUCCACGUACAGGACUAGACCCUAGCGGUGGCAAGGCUGGCUGGUAUCCCGAAGAGAGCCUCACUUUCGAACAGGCUUUAGAGGGUUUUACGGUGAACGCUGCGUAUGGUGGCUUCUUAGAAGGCAAAGCUGGUGUCAUCGAAGCGGGGGCGUAUGCUGACUGGGUUGUUCUUGACGAACAACUGGAAUCGCUGGACCCAGAAGCAUUGAGGAAGGUGACAGUGAGAGAGACGUGGGUGGGCGGCAAGCGAGUCUAUUGA